GACUCUCAGACAGUGCCAUGGAGUAUCCUUGGUUUGCUUUGCUUUAGGCGUCCUGGCUGCCAAUUAGCUUUCAGACCUGAAUAAGCUGAAGAAUCUUGUUCUCAGUUUAAGAAAGAUGAGAAAUAGCAAUGACUGUGUAUUUUCCAGAUGUCUCAUCUUCUUUUUUUUUCAGGUUUUAAUUACAAGUGGAAGGCGGGUCUUUGAAGUAUAGGAUGGCUACUCAUCAGCUUUUACAGACUAGGCAAAAGAAAAAGUCCUCUACGGAAUCAGUGUUAUUCCCCGACAAAAUUGCUACUGAGCAGCAGUCUGUGGCGCUGGUGAAAAGACUUCUGGCCAUCUCUGUAUCCUGUAUAACAUACAUGAGAGGGCUGUUCCCAGAGAGCUCUUAUGGAACUCGCUGUUUAGAUGACCUCUGUCUAAAAAUUCUCCGAGAAGAUAAAAGCUGUCUGGGAUCAUUGCAGAUAGUCAAGUGGAUUCAAGGUUGUUUUGAUGCUUUGGAGAGGCAGUAUUUACACAUUGCUGUCCUCGCAAUUUACACGAAUCCCAAGGAACCGGAGACAGUGACUGAACUGUAUCAAUUCAAAUUCAAGUACAAAAAGGAGGUGCCCCAGAUGGACAUCACCAGCAACCAAAUGAACUUUGUGAAUGGGGUGUGCAGCAAGGAUGUUAAACAGGCCAGCAGGCUCCUGAUCCGUAAACUGUACCUGUUAAUGCAAAACCUUGGACCACUUCCCAAUGAUAUUACCCUGACCAUGAAACUCCUCUACUACAAUGAUGUAACUCCCAAAGAUUACCAGCCUCCUGGCUUUAAGGAAGAUGGCAGCCCUGGUGACCUGUUUUUUGAUGGCGAUCCUGUCAACCUGAGAGUAGGGUCAGUCUCCACUGGCUUCCACCUCAUGAAAGUGAGAGUGACAACUGAAAAAAAAAGAAUGGGAACAGUUGAAAGCAACCUGCUCCAGAAGAAUGGCCCUACGGAGAUCUCGCAUCAAGGGUUAGACUGUGAUGAAGAGGAAGAAGAGGGCAGUACAAGGAAUCACCCUCUCCCAGUCAGAGCACAUUCAAGUGAGCAUGGAAAGGACAAAAGUGACCCCCACCCAGGCUGGAAAACGGAAGCAUCUUCUUUUUACCUUCAAGAUGCAGGUGGAAAGAAGAAGACCGGAAUAAAUGAGAUGGUCAGGAUGCCUUGCUCAAGGGCAUCUCAGCAGAUAAGCUGCCUGAACCUUGCAUUUAGCCAGGAAGAGGUAAUAGGACCCAAGAAGAAAAGGAAGGUCAGUGAACCAGAGAAGCUGCUUCUGGAAGGCAGGAAAUGAUGUUCAUUCUGACACAUUUUAGAAGGUGUGAGCUCACAUUGUCAUCUGGCUAGUAAAGACCUUUACUCUCUCCCAAUAUUUAACUCUUCCACGUACCGCAUGUAUUUCUGCAUGUUUAUUUGUCUCGUGAAAACUUUGGAUUGUGAAGAGACAGCAAGCACCAUAGUUGUCAUGACAAUGUCAACCAACAGCACUUGUUUGAUGUUCUAAAGUUGAGGAUUUAUGAUUCCAUGUGAAUGGUGUCUGUUGUGCUUCUUUCUCUCCAUCUCUCUCACCCCCCUCCACUCCUCCCCUGCCUCAGCUAAAUUUCCUCCUCUGUGGCUGGACAGUCCUUUGCCAAUAUGUCAUCAAUAUUUAAUGGCACUGUUGCAAGAUGAACUCUCAGAGGUAUCAGUGCCAGCAAGCAACAAGUCUCAUGAUUCACUAGAUUGUGCUUAGCUUUAUCCUAUCUACUGUUUCCGGAGCAUAGAUUUUUUUUUUUUUCAAAGCAGGGGUUUUAUCUAUUUUGAAUACAGAGAUAAAGUAAUCUAUACAAAUUUUCUGCCUGUGCUGAAUGUUUUUUUUCUGACUCUGCAAGUAGUGUUGCUAUAGCUGUAUUAUCAGCUUAUUUCUAAAACAGCAACCCACCAUGUACCAAGAGCCUUAGACAGUUGUACGAUGUAAGUUGUCUUGAAAUACACCACAUUUAAAACCUAACUUUAGUAAAGGUACCUUGUGGUUGCAAAUACAGGUAAGGAGAACAACUGCAACAAAAGAAAAAAUUUCUGUGUCCCUUGGAGCAAAGGUGAUGUGCUUUGUGUCAUGUAGAUUGCCUGGCAGGCACUCUGUCACGACCUAAUGGCUGUUACUGGAGUGGGAGGAGAAAAAUGGUCUUAACUGGUCUUAGACAUUUUAAAAAAGAUGUUCAAGGAACAGCCUUUGUGUUACUUUAUGCACAUCGCAAAAGAGAUUCUGAAAUAGGAAACAAUGAAGAAGGGAAUGUAGUGUACUCUCUUCCCAACAUGAUGUUGAUUGCCUGAAGUGUUCAAAUUUUAGGGUGAUGGGGAAGUAAAAGCACUAGAGUACAAGAGAGUAAUGCACCCAGUAGUGUAGCAGCAUCCCUGACAUUUCAGAUACGCAGCAAAGAUAUUUCAGGACAGGACUUGAAGAGCAGCAGUGGUUUUGGAUGUAAGGUGUUUCUUUCGUGGUGUAUGUCAGACAGCUCUGUAGAAAGCAGUGAGGAUCGCUUGACAAGUAUGUGACCCGUGGUGUCUGGGGCAUCUGAUUGAAGGACCUCGGCCACCAGUGCCAUCGCUUGACACACCAGGUGUCCUAUCACCAUUAAUAUGGUGAUGGCUUCUGCUGUGGCAGUGCUUGAGGUUGGCUUCAGACAUGAGACUCCUCACUGCUGAAAGAGUGACCUUUCCUUGACUGAAUUAAAAAGUGGGCAUUGAUGCAUCUCUCUUGUGCUUUUACUCUGGUUGACCAACUGAAAGAGUUGAAAGCCAGACUAGAACUGGCUGACUGGGGAGAGAUAACGCUGAAGCUGAACAUCCCUAGAUGUUCAGUCAACCUCCUUCUCCAGGUAGCUGAGUAAUGCACGGCAAUCCUAAUGCUAAUACCACAGCUGUCCUUACUCGGCCCAAGGCAGACAGACCACUGACUGUCCCUGAGCCUGCAGCAGUGUCUGGCAGGUUUCGUGGCUUGAUGCCUAUUUCACAAAACUUGUAGAACAUGAGAGUUCUCCAUUUUAUCCUCACUUUCAGUCCUGUGUUCUCAUUUUUGCACCUGUGGCCUAAUAAGCCAGUUUGUUCACAUGCCAGAGCAAACCAGAAUUCUUCCUUCUGCCCAGAUUUUGUAAUGAUAUUUGCUCUUAUGCCUGCACAUCCCUGGGAGGCCUGCGUUCUUCACAGGACAGCUGCAGCUCAGGACCUGCCUUGACCUGAAAGCUCUGCCCUGGCACUGCUAGAGCGUGUGGCUUCCAUAUUCCUUCAGCCCACUGACUCCUGCCUGUGCCCAGAGCCUUGUCAUGUGUUGUGUUGUGCUUGUAGGAGAAAGUCAAACGUGUCUGUGAUUAUGGCUACUCCAGCAAGUUAGUCUUUCUCCUAUACGUAUGGUACCACAAGGCUUAGGGGCAUGCCACCUUGCUUGGUGCACACUGGAAGAUGCAAAGUGUCUUGUCCCACAGUGAAAAUUAAGUAAGCUAUCUUGUGUUACCACAUAGUAGGAGUGUGCACACAGACACCACAAAGUACAUCCACAGCUUAGUUGACUGCACGAUGUCUUGGUCUUGUAGCCAUGGCCAGAGACUCACUGUCUCAGUUCACAUUGGCUUCUAAUCAGCUAUUUUACGGUAAUGA